AGCCUCGGUGCUCUCCGUAGUUUCUGAUAACAACACCAUGGCGGCUUCCAUUGGUAGCAGUACUAAACCAGAACUAUCUAAAGCUGAGUACCUAAAACGGUAUUUAUCCGCUGACGAAGGUGUCAGAAAGUCAAAGGAAAAGGAUAAGGUUAAAAAGAAAAGGCGCAAGGUUCCCCAGAAAGGACUUAAAAUCGUAGACGAUGACAUAGACUGGAAACAGAUGGUCAAAGAAGAGGAGGAGAUUGAAGAAGACGAAGAGGAAGCUCCAGUGAUUGCCGAGGUGAUUGACGAGAGACCAGAGGAAGUGAAACAACUGGAAGCCUUCAGAACCGGCAAUAGAUGGAAAGUGAUUGGAGCUGAUGAAAAGGAAGACAGAGAAGAGGCAUCAAGCAGGAGUCGCCAAGAUUCGCCAGAGCUAUCAUCAAAGAAGAGGAGGCACGAUUCUCCUGUCAGAAAGACUCGACAUGACUCUCCAGACACGUCCCCUCCCAGAAGAGGUCGCCAUGACUCUCCAGACACGUCCCCUCCCAGAAGAGGUCGCCAUGACUCUCCAGACACGUCCCCUCCCAGAAGAGGUCGCCACGACUCUCCAGACACGUCCCCUCCCAGAAGAGGUCGCCAAGACUCUCCAGACACGUCCCCUCCCAGAAGAGGUCGCCAUGACUCUCCAGACACGUCCCCUCCCAGAAGAGGUCGCCAUGACUCUCCAGACACGUCCCCUCCCAGAAGAGGUCGUCAUGCCUUGCCAGAGUUAUCACCCCUUAGGCAACAUUCAGGGAAAUCAGGGAAGAUGCAAAGUAAAGACUCGUCCCCCGCCAGAAGAAAGCCCAGCUCAUCAUCAUCAAGUAAAAAACGUUCACCUGGUCCUCAUCAGUCAUCACUGGCAAAGAGGCAUGAUUCAGACUCUGACCAGUCACCUCCACGGAAAAAGCCAGUAAAGGGAGACGCUUCAGACUCAGACCAGUCUCCUCCACGGAUGCGUUCAAAAACAAAACCAGGUUCUGACUCCGACCAGUUGCCACACAGGAGGCGGCCAUAUAGUGGAAAGGAUUCAGAUGAAGAUCUGUCGCCACCUCGUAGACCUGGCCAAUCACAGGGUCCGAGGAUGCUUUCUGGUGGAACGGCGGGUCUUGUGUCUGUAGAUGUUUUAAGAAAAGAGCAGGAGGAGAACCGACGCCGAGAAAGAAACAACCAGCCAUUAGAAGAUGAAUCCCGUAAUGCCCAGACGGUGUUCCGAGACAAGAGCGGUAAAAGGAGGGACUUGGAUUCAGAGAGAGAAGAACAGAGGAAAAAAGCUGGAGAAAAAGCAGCAAAAGAUGAGAAAUACGCUCAGUGGGGGAAAGGGCUGGCCCAGACCCAGAUGCAUCAGCAGAAACUUGAGGAUGCACUACGGGAGGCCCAGAAGCCACUAGCACGCCACUGUGAUGACGAGGAUCUUGACCGCAUGUUGAGAGAGCAGGAAAGGGAGGGCGAUCCGAUGGCAGCGAUGCUCAGACGGAAAAAGGACCGCGAUACAAAGACAAAAGAGAAACCUCGAUAUAAAGGCCCAGCACCUCCUCCAAACCGCUUCAAUAUUUUACCAGGAUAUCGCUGGGAUGGGGUUGACAGGUCAAAUGGUUUUGAGCAAAAGCGCUACACUAGGAUUGCAGAUAAAAAAGCCGUCCAGGAGGCAGCAUAUAAAUGGAGUGUGGAGGACAUGUAACGGAAAACAGAAACUCAUGGUUCAGCAGUGGAACUGGAGAGAAGAACUGCUCAUCCUCUAGAGAACUGAUUGAACAGAAUAUCUAAUCAGUGAUGUUGAAACAACUGCAGGUUAACAAAUCUACUCGACAGAACUGACUUUUUUAAAAGAAAGAUUUUGUUCCCCUUUCAAAGCAGUUAAUAUGAUGGACAAGUUGACUUGACAUCAGAUUAUAACAAAGAUAACUUCUCUAUAGCAGUUAAGUGAGAGCAUCUGUAUGAUUUUGUAAUUGUUGAGCCAAUAUUGAUGUUUUUCAUUGUUUUAUUAAAUAAUAUUUUGCAAAA